GGCCCGGUGCGGUUUCCAGUGGAUCAGACAUCCGUCGACAUCAGCGCAACAACACAAAAUCUAAAGAUGAACAUUUUACUCAAAGUACUCGCCCUCGCAGUCCUCGUUCCGGCCAUUUCCGGUCGUGUCUUGACAGGUUGGCCUUCUGCGUUGGAUGAAGACUUCCAGGAUCGAGUGGACAUGCCGGAAGUUCAAUCGGAAGCAAGAGAGGGAGCUCGGGAAGAGCCCGUUGAGGUUUUGAUGAAGCAACUGGAAGGCCGUGAUUUCAAUCCACCCAAGGAAGCGUUCGGCAAACAACACGAUUUCGAGGCAAACGACGCAGGUAGCGACGGCCAAGGCUAUUUCCAGGGUUUUGGCCCCAGAGAAAUUGUACUAGACGACAACCAGAGCAUGGAAUCGAGAUUCGCCUUCCCCGACUUCCCAAAGAUGGACUUCCCCUUUGAUAAGCCUUUCGGUGGUGAACGCCCACAAUAAAA